GGGAAGUUUGUUGUGAAGCUGGUUAAGUUCGAGCAGGUAACUUGAUGGCGUCUUUAAAACAGUCUUUAAAAUCCCACUUUGGUUUCAGGGGUUUCAGAUCGAAGCUGCAGGAAGAUGUUGUCAAAGCGGUCAUCAAAGGUGACCGCGAUGUGUUUGUAUGCAUGCCCACCGGAGCAGGGAAGUCUCUCUGUUACCAACUUCCGGCAGUGUUGGCCAAGGGCAUUACUCUGGUCAUAUCCCCCCUAAUUGCUCUCAUUCAGGACCAAGUCGAUCACCUUAGGGAGCUGAACAUCGCCGCCUGCUCCAUAAACUCUAAGCUCCCAGCGGGGGAGCGCCAGAUGAUCUUGGCUGACCUGGAGAGCGAGAACCCAAAGUUGAAGUUGCUCUACAUCACCCCGGAGAUGGUGGCCUCCCCAUCCUUUCAGCCAUGCCUCACGGGCCUGUGCUCGCGGAGCCUUCUGUCCUACCUGGCUGUGGAUGAGGCGCAUUGCGUCUCCCAGUGGGGUCAUGAUUUCAGGCCAGACUACCUCAAGCUGGGAGAGCUGCGUACCCGCAUGCCAGGGGUACCUUGUGUGGCGCUGACAGCUACAGCACCCGAAAGGGUGCAAGAGGAUAUUGCACAGUCCCUCAGGCUUCACAGACCAUUGUCUUUUUCCACGCCGGUGUUUCGCAGUAACCUCCACUAUGAUGUAAUCUACAGGGAACUGCUGCCUGACCCCUAUGUCCAUCUCCAUGCCUUUAUUAAGGAAUCUCUCACGCUGGAAAGCGGAAACAAAGAACAGGGUUGUGGAAUUGUGUAUUGUCGGACCAGAGAAAACUGUGAAACAGUAGCUUACAAACUAACUAAGUUGGGAAUCUUGGCCAAGGCAUAUCAUGCGGGGUUGAAGGCGGGAGAUCGUACAGAGGUGCAAAAUGACUGGAUGCAGGGGAGGAUGCUGGUCAUCGUAGCCACUAUCAGUUUUGGUAUGGGUGUGGACAAAGCCAGUGUAAGGUUCGUAGCUCAUUGGAACUUGGCCAAGUCCCUUGCCAGUUACUACCAAGAGUCUGGGCGAGCUGGGAGGGAUGGACAGCCUUCACGCUGUCGGAUCUACUACUCGCCGAAAGAUAAAGAGCAGAUGAACUUCCUCAUCCGCAAGGAAGUUGCUCGCAAACAGGAAAAGCGUGGCUGUGCAAAGGAGACCGACCAAGCAGCCAUCAAAGACUUUGAGGCCAUGGUGGUCUUUUGUGAACAAGAAAGCUGCCGCCAUGCUACCAUAUCCAAGUUUUUUGGGGACCAGAAGCCAGACUGUGCUGGUGCGUGUGAUUUCUGUCGCAACCCGAAGCUUGUACGAGCCCAACUGGAGAGAGCGUCUUUCCUCAGCACUAAGACAGCAGCAGCUAAGAGCGAAAAGCCCAAGGGCCCGUUCGGUUUUGACCAAAGCCUUUAUGAAGGAGGAAAGAAGGGCUAUGGCUUUGAGAGAUAUGAUGAGGACGGCGAGGGUGGCGGUGACCACACUGAAGAUUAUACGGUUAAGAGGAAGAAGGAAUUCAGCGACCUCUUCAAGAAGCAGAUGGGCCUGCGGAAGGGGACAACUGGUCCCGGAGAAGACUUUGCCGAACCAGAUGACGACUGUCCCCUCAGAGAGGCUAGCAGCCAGAAGAUUCCCAGGCUCACGGUGAAGGCCAGGGAGCACUGUCUGUCCCUCCUGCAGGAGACACUGAAUGGCCACCAGGAGGCAGAAGAUGCUUUCGGCAGCGACGUCCUCUCCUUGGCAGUGGAUAUGGAAUACCAGGUCUUCAAGAGCAGCAAGUCUUCCAAUCUGUACAAAGCAGCUGUCUUGAAGAAAGUAGCGGAGAUGAAGAAAGGAGCAUCUGCUCCAACAGCAGCUGCAGCAGGAGAAGUGCAAAGAAAUGGAAAAGGAGGUGAGGAAGGAGAGGUGGGGACCAGCACCGGUUCCGGCGGCACCAGAGAGAUGAACUCGAAACCCAGAGAGGAGACGGCCUCCUCUUCCUGCUCCUCUUCCUUCUCCCUCGCUGAGGAGCCGCAGGGGUUCACGUCUGCCUCCCAGAUCUACUCUCUGAAGCGUAAAAGAGUAGGAGCAGGCCUGAGGGGCUCCUCCAACCCCUUCCAGACAGCUAAGGAGUUGUUUCAGACAUCCACUGCGGACAUAGUGCCUAACAGAGGAAAAAGGAGCGACGGGAUCUACCCUGACAGCCUGGGAGGCGCCGAGGAGCCAAACGGUGAGGAUAAUGGCUGCAGCAGGGAAGAGAAAAACACAGACACAUCCACGGCAAUAACGUCUAUCAGAUCCAAAGCCAGCGCUGUUGCGUCCUUCCUGAGCAGCCCCACCAAGACGGGCAGAGCCCUAAACAAGAAGCAGCAGAAGCUAGCCGAGGCCGCUAAAAGCUCCCGCAACAUUUCACUGUAUUUUGAGAAGAAGGAAAUCUCAGAGAAAAGCCAGGAGUUAGAGCUGGAGAAGGGACUUGCCUCUACAUCCUCUCAGACCUCCUCUCAGACCAGACUGACAAUCCCCAUGGCACAAAACACCCAGCAGGGACACUCACCUGUGACUGAGGGAGCUGCUAUGGAUAUUACCCCGCCAUCCGCCAGCCCUGUUCACUCGGUCACUGGGAACACCGUCAAAGCUGAAUGCAACAUAGAAAUCAUAGUGUUAGAUGAUGAUGAUGGUGAUGACAGGGGAGAGACAAAUAAAGCGUACAAAGUGAACUUGGUUCAAGACAAAUCGGUUCCAAACAUGAAGUUCGCCUCAAAACAAAAAUUACACGAAGCAGAACCCAAACCAGCCCUGAUAGAAAGGUUAUCAGGUAACACGACCGCAGAUGAGGGGUCCUCCUCCCCCCCAGCCAAGCGCAGCCGGCCUCCCCAGGACCAUGGGAACAGGAGGGUGACCUUCAACCCCAACGUUCAGGAAAACGUACUGGAACCAGUUAAGGAGCCGGUGAAACCAGUCACUUUAAAGGAAGUGGCCGACAUUGUGGUGCGCUGUCUGGAUCCAUUUUACACUCAGGGCAAGUUUGCCACCAAGGAGCUGUUCAAGUCCUUUGCCCGCUACUUGUCUCACCUUCUCGCCGAGGGAAGGAGUCGGGGAAGAGGUCAAGUUAAGCUAGAGGCCAGGGCUCUGAUCAAGAAGUUCUUCAGUCAAGUGACACGCUGUGAGAAGGAGGCUGACUGGAACCACCUCAGACCAACACUCGCCACUAAUACCUCAGAAAAGGAGUGACGAGGGCAGAAACCAAGUGUCCUCCUUGUCAGUGCCUCCUCUUCCCUCUCCCCUCAGGUCUCACCCCUACGAGGCGCGUUGCUGCAAAGCCUUUACUGACACUAUUUCCAGCUUGACUAGUGCUGCGGUAGUGCAUCUAAACAGUUUAAUUUUGCAAUAAAAAUGUACAAGGUAACCGCUGAGCCGAGUGACCCCCCUGCAUGCAUGCGUACAAUGCAUGUGGAAAGAGGACCAUUCUGUCUUGACUGGCUGGUUGCAUAGUUGGCCAAGAACUAAAGAGGACGCUUUCAGUUUCUUUUACUGCUGCUGGAGCUUCUUGCAGCGCUUGAUCGAGGAAAAAACGAGCCAUUUGAAUGUCUAGUCAUAGAUAUUAUUUAAAACCGUUGUGUCACAACGUCUAAAAAAGAAAUCUUAAGUUGCUUCCGUCUAUUGUUUCUAGUUUUGUGCGUCCUACAUUUUUUUUGCAGAGCGACAUGUUUUUGUUGUCUUCUCUGCGAAAGGCUGCAAAUAUGAUUUCAGGUAAGGGCAAUCCUCCAUGCGGUAUUCUGUAGCCAGACAUUGUGAUUGACGGACCCCGACAGACUGCCAGACCCCCCCACGACUGUCUGUUGCCCCCCCCCCCCAAAAUCCAAAGGGCGUCUGAUGCACAA